AAAUAUAUAAAAAAAAAAAAAUAUUAAUUAAAGAAAUUAAGAAGGAAGAAAGGAAAGAAAGAAAUAAAGAAAUAAAAAUCUAAACAAAGAAAGAAAGAGUCUUUUUUUUUAUUUAAAGGUUUUAAAUAUUCAAAAGUAGUUAUCAAAGAAUUGAGGAAAAAAAAAAGGAAAAAGGAAAAAGGUAAAAGAAUUUCACUUUUAAAAAAACAACAAAUUUAAACAAAUAACAAAAAUCAAAAAAAGGAAGGACACAUUUUUGAAUUAAAUCAUAAAUAGUUUUUAAAUCUUCAUUGUAAAAAGUAAUUUUAUAAAAAAAAAAAAAAUCAAAAAAAAAAAAUCAAAAUGGGCAGAUUAUUCAAAACAUAUCUUAAUGGACCAAAUAUCUUUUGUUGUGUAAAUUGUAAAACCCAUUUAACUUUACAUGAACAAUUGAUUUCAAAGCAAUUUCAAGGAAGACAUGGUACAGCUUUUUUAUUUGGGGACUGUGUAAAUGUUAGUGUAGGACCAAGUGAAGAUCGUACCUUGACAACUGGCAUGCAUAUAGUUGCAGAUAUAUCUUGUAUUGAUUGCGGUGAUAUUUUGGGAUGGAAAUAUGAAUUCGCAAAAGAAGAAUCUCAAAAAUAUAAGGUUGGAAAAUACAUUUUAGAAAAAGCCAAAAUUCAAAAAGAAGUUCAUUUUGGUGAUCCACAUCACAUGACUAUGACAUUAGAUAAUAGUGUUUUAUAUUAACAGUACUAAU